AUGGGUAUUUGAAGGCGCAAAAGUUUUUCGAUUGCUUUGAAAAACUUCCUAGCAAGAUUUCUUGAGACUUUUGAUCUUCAGGAUUCAGUUGAAUUUAUUUUCAGGGUGCCCGAGGAACCGUCCACAUCACUUUGUACGAUAAUGAUCGCAAAAACGUCGCUAAUUUUGCCUGCACCACACAAUGUUAGUUGAAGAAAAACUAGUAUUAAUGUCAAAGUCAGUCUUUGACCUUUUUGUUGAAAAAAAAAAUGGUGAAAAAGUGCUGUAGUCGCAUAAGUGUUAGCUCUGAAAGUGCAUCGGACCAUAAAACGGCUUGCGCGCGCCGGUAAUACCAACUUUGGAGAGUUAACUUGAAUUUAUUCACAAGCAACGCUUGGAGCCAUUCCGCAUGCGGUCAGAUUAUUUCAAGCUUUGGCGAUAUUUGAUUCUUUUUGGGCUACGGAAAACUUCUUAUAAAUCCUUAUGUCGUGUUUUUAAUGUAGAAUCUUUUUCUUAAAUUUAUUACUCUUUUCUGAUAGUUUUUUUGGUGGAUUCUUAAUAGAACUUCUUCUUGAGAUCGUUUCGAAGUAGAUUUAUUGGGCCGUUUUUUUGGACUCAAAACCACAGCGCGACAUUGUUAGGAGCUUUCCCGAUUUUUUCUUCCUCGUCAUAUUGAAAAGCUUCACGUUUGCAGUUGGCAACUCUCUCCAAGACGCCGCUAGUCGGAUAAGUUUGCCAUCGAACAUCAAUCGCGAACAGUACGUCUGCAUUUUGGCAGACGAACAGGCUCGCGAGAAGGAAAUCUGCAAGUGGAUUCCGUGGGAUUUCGUUAGUCUAAAAACUUCUCAAUUUUGUCAUUUGAAGGUAUGAAGAGCACUCGAUGAAGCGCUACAAAGACGAGAGCCGUUGGUCGGCCGGCCACAGCCCUUGUCCGCCUUCGGAGUACGAUUUUUGAAUUAUUUGAAGCCUUCGGGUCACCCACAAAAUCGGAAAAUGAGUAAAGAUUUAGAAAAUGGGUAAGAACCAGCAGGUUAAAAAUCAAGAAAAAAAGCUCUUCUGACGAUGUGAGCGAUUCGCGGGUAGAGUCAUUAACAGACGGCUGCCUCGAGUCAUUCGCGAAGAGGCUCGAGUCAGAAUAGUUCAAAAAUUAUACAAUUCGUCGGGAUUGAAUUUUCGUCCAAAAUUGUGAGUUCAUUCAUAGCUUCACUUGGAAGUUUUCAGGUGUAACAACAUGGACCGGUCGCCUUCAGAAGCUUUAACAUGGUUCCUCGACUUUACCUACAUGUAUGAGUUCGCCAACAUCCGUGGGCUGGACAAUGUGCGUUUUGAAAUAUAAUUUGGAAAAACAACACAAGAUCUAACAUGAAAAAAAUUCCUUAGAAUGAUGGUUUAUCGUUUCGCGUGGGCUUGAAACUAAAUUUUUUUUUCAAGCUAAAAUUAUCCUUCUGUUUUGAGCUUUCAAUGCUUCGUUUAAAGUAUUUGAGGGUAAUUUAUUUUUUUUUAGCCAAAUUUUAUAGCUUCUUUUAUUCUGGAUCCAUUCCCUAACUAUUCACGUUUUUCAUUGAAAUAAAUUAUUUUUAACGAUUUCGAGUCCAUUUUUCAAUCAGUCUAGAUUUUUCUUAUAAAAACGUCUCGACAGAGUUUUGCAGAUUAUUCUUUUUCAAGCGCUACGAAAAUUUACCCGUUUUCAGUGGGUAAAAGUGGGACUGCAUCUGGCGUUCUGCACGAUGUUGGUACUGGUGCUGAUCCUGGUGCUGACCAAGUGUCUGAUUCCACUCGCCUGCUUUUCCCUCAGCGUCUCGUUCAAGAAGAAGAAAGGCGCCAAGCGGUGA